AGCUCACAGGGCUCAGGUGUUAGCAAGGGGAGGCCGGCGUGGCUGGACACCCAGCAUGUGGCAGGGGACUCUGCUGGCGCUCGCUCUCCUCCUCUCUCCACUCCCAGUAAGUGCUAUGGAAGAGCUGCCUCAGGCGAAGAGAUAUGAAGUGGUUUAUCCCAUAAGGCUUCAUCCAGUACACAAAAGAGAAGUCAAAGAAUCAGAGAAACAGGACCCGUUUGAAACUGAAUUAAAGUAUAAAAUGACAGUGAAUGGAAAAAUUGCUGUGCUUUACUUGAAGAGAAAUAUGAAUCUCCUUUCAUCAAACUACACGGAAACAUACUAUAAUUCCUCUGGAAAGGCGGUCACCACAAGCCCACAAAUCAUGGAUGAUUGUUACUAUCAAGGACGCAUCAUUAAUGAAAAAGUUUCUGACGCUAGCAUCAGUACAUGUAGGGGCCUAAGGGGCUACUUCAGUCAGGGAGACCGAAGGUAUUUCAUCGAGCCCUUGAGCUCUGCACAGCGCGAUGAGCAGGAGCAUGCGCUCUUCAGGGACGAGCCCCGCGACCGCCAGGCUGACCACAGCUGUGGGAUGGACGACGUGCCAUGGACGCACGGAUCACGGGAUGUGCUCUUGUCUGCCUCCAGGCGGCUGAAGUUAGAUGUUCGGAAGAACCAGAAUCAAAGGAAUUACAUAGAGUAUUAUUUGGUCCUGGACAAUGCUGAGUAUAAAAGGUAUAAUGAAGAUCUAGAUGAAAUAAGAAAGAGGGUGUUUGAGAUGGCCAAUUACGUCAACAUGCUUUACAAAAAGUUCAAUGCUCACGUGGCCUUAGUUGGGAUAGAAAUCUGGACUGAUGAUGAUAAGAUAAAGAUAACUCCAAAUAUAAGUUCUACCCUGGAAAACUUUUCUAAAUGGAGGGGGAGUAAUCUCCUUCGAAGAAAGCAUCAUGAUAUUGCUCAGUUAAUCACCAAAACAGACUUUUCUGGAGCAACAGUGGGCCUUGCUUUCCUGUCUUCGAUGUGCACGCCGUAUCAUUCUGUUGGCGUCAUUCAGGACCACAGCAGCAAUCAUCUUAGAGUGGCAGGGACAAUGGCCCACGAGAUGGGUCACAAUCUUGGCAUGAUUCAUGACUCCUACAAUUGCAAAUGCCCGUCCACAGUCUGCGUGAUGAAUAAAACACUCAGCUUUGAUAUACCCACGGAUUUCAGUUCCUGUAGCCGUGCCAAUUAUGACAGGUUCCUUGAAGAUAAAUUAUCAAGUUGCCUGUUUAAUAUCCCACUAUCCACAGACAUCAUAUCCACCCCAUCCUGUGGGAACCAGUUAGUAGAAGUGGGAGAGGACUGUGACUGCGGGACCCCCGAGGAAUGUACCAACAUUUGCUGUGAUGCUAAAACAUGUAAAAUCAAAGCAGGUUUUCAAUGUGCAUCAGAAGAAUGUUGUGAAAAAUGCCAAUUGAAAAAGGCUGGAACCGUGUGCAGAUCAGCAAAACAUGAGUGUGACCUGCCAGAAAUGUGUGAUGGGAAAUCUAGUCACUGCCCUGAGGACAGAUUCAAAGUCAAUGGCUUCCCUUGUCAAAACGGGAAAGGCUACUGCUUGUUGGGGAGGUGCCCCACACUGGCAGAGCAGUGCAUGGAUGUGUGGGGCCCAGGAACCAAGGUCGCAGAUAAAUCAUGUUACAAGAAGAAUGAAGGUGGGUCAAAGUAUGGAUACUGUCACAUGGAGAAUGGCACCCACAUUCCCUGCAAAGCAGAAGAUAUCAUGUGUGGGAAGUUGUUCUGUCAAGGUGGCUCAGGUAAUCUGCCUUGGAAAGGAUUUACAAUAUCUUUCCUGAUGUGUAAGCUAUUUGAUCCUGAAGACAAAAGUCAAGGCAUAGACAUGGUGGCCAAUGGAACCAAGUGUGGGCAUGACAAGGUGUGCAUUAAUGCAGAAUGCGUGGACAUGGACAGGAUCUACAUGUCAGCCAACUGUUCCUCUAAGUGCAAAGGACAUGCUGUGUGUGACCACGAGCUCCAGUGUCAGUGCAAAGAAGGGUGGGCCCCUCCUGACUGCGAGGAUUCCUCCACGGUCUUCCACUUCUCCAUUGUUGUGGGGGUGGUCUUCCCAGUGGCAGUCAUAUUUGUGGUGGGCAUUGUCAUCAUGUGUCACCAAAGUGCCAGAAGACAGCAGAGGAAAGUUCAGAGACCACUGUGUGCCCACGAGGCCAGGAUACACAAGCAGAAGGGAAAAGCCCAGAAAAUGAGGGCUGUCCAGCCCCAAGAGAUCAGCCAGAUGAAGCUGCAUGUGUCUGACCUGCCAGUAGAAGACAUUGAACCUCCAGCUUCCAUUCAUAAGGACACAAAAGCACUCCCUUCUACUCUUACCAAAGAUGAGCCAUCGGCUACCCCUAAGGACUCAAACCCAAAAGUCUGA